UGUGAGCAAAACUCGUGUAUGACACAAGCAAAACGCAACACCUCAGAAUAAAAGACAAUACUUCUAGCUCAAAACGUCACGUUUUACAUUGUCAAAAUAUGUUUUGAUCUAACGUGGAAUUCAAUGCAAAGAUGGCAAAAGCUAGACCAACAAAUUCACGCAAAAGGCUAAAGAAAAUCACAAGCAAGAACGUGUAACAUAACACAAGCAAAUGUUAUCUUCCUCCUUUAAUUUCUAUAGUAAUCAAAGUUGUCAUUUAAUGAUUCAAAUUCUAAAAUCUCAAUUUGCUUACAAAUUCACAAUAUCUAGGCUUGUCAAACUUAGAAUUUCUCCAAUCAUAUAUUAACCUCCUUAACAAAAAAACAAAACAAAAAAAAAAAAAAAAAAAAAAAAAAAAAAAAAAAAAAGAAAACCAUCCUAGAGGACUAGAGGCUAGCUAGUGUACGUACCAACAUUGGAAUGCCAACGAAAUUAAUCGGAUAGUGUUGAUGAUUACACGUUGAAACGGAGACAAUGAUGACAAUGACAAGAUUGACAACUUGUUUUGGCGGAGUUCAUCAAGGGUUCAUCAAUGAUGACAAUGGCUAGAAAUUGGUACAAACAAUCGACGAGGGUGGUGGCAUAGAGACUUCCAAGGGUGUAAUAUGUUGAGAACUUGAGAUAUUGUAACAUUGGUAAGGGGCAUUGUGGUGUUAUGCUAAGGAAGAACCUUUAUGUUAAAGCUACAAUUGGUAUUGGUAUUAGUGGUGACUACCAUGAUGAUGAAGGAUUAAAUGGAGUGGUAGAUGGAAUGAUUAAUGGGAGAGGUGAUAGCAACAGAAUUGUUGCUGAACAACAUGAACAUUGGUUGCAUAAUUCCGUUACCGAGAUUGUGAAGAACGUCGGUGAAGCACCAUUGUUAGUGCAUAUCUACACAGAAAAUGGGCCCAAAAAAACUUCUAAAUUAUCAUCAUCAUCAACCACCAAUGUGAAAUUUGUAAUAGAGAAACGACGUCGUUUGAUAGUUGGACAAAGAUCAAACAUAGGUGGGAGAACAGUGGUUAUAGUACUAUUCCUAAUGGUAUUAUCUUGGUUGAAGAACUUGAGUUUAAAACUACCAAACAAGAAUAUCAAGACAAAUUUUGGUGCUCGGAUUCUUCUUCAGCUAGUAAUAGUGAUAAUAUUUAUAAGGAUAAUUUUAAUGAGGGAUCAAUUAUGGUAUCUUCUUCUUCUGCAACAAGAUUGUGGGGUGUACUUGUUCAAGGCAAAGGGGUCAAUUUUCAUUCUUGUUACCUUUUGA